UCAUUUCUUCCUCAUCUGUUUCUUCGGUAAGGCAGCGCAGCUAUUGCUAAGAAGCAGUUCAUCAUCUAGCUAACAAUGGCAAAAUCGUUGCUUACAAGGCCCAACAUGGCCAUCUUCUGUGCCUCCCGGUUCUACUUUUCAAGCAAUAUCCUCCGAUUUUCAGUUCCAGUGACGACUAAACUCCUAGCAGUACGCACGCUCGCGUCGGAGAAGCUACUUCCCCCAAUCGGCGCGAUGGCGGCUCCUUCACUUCUUCGCCGUCGGACUUUCUGUACCCGAGCAACUGCCGACCAGAAUGGUUUCCGCCAAAUCGAUUCUCCUUUGAUGCAGUCCAUGGAGAACAAGAUCAAAGAACAACUAAAUGCAGAAUCAGUUACAGUCAAUGAUCUUUCUGGUGAUGGUCGGCAUGUCAGUAUUGAUGUUGUCUCUUCCGCAUUUGAGGGGCAAUCUGCUGUGAACAGACAGAGGAUGGUAUACAAAGCCAUAUGGGAAGAACUUCAGCAAACUGUGCAUGCUGUUGACCAGAUGACCACCAAAACACCCACAGAAGCAACAGGAAACAAAUGAUCAUGUUUAGGCACAGCUAUCUUAGUCCCUAAUUCAUUUUAUCAAGCAAUACUUGUUUGAAUGAACUAAUUUUUCAAGAAUUCCUCCAAUUUUAGUUACA